GUUGCUUGGCGGCGCGGAGCAGGCCCGGAGUCGAGAGGCGAGGCCUAGGGCGCGCAGAGGCGGCCUGCUGCUGCCGCCGCCGCCGGUUUGGUAACCCUGCCUCCCUCCCUCCCUCCUUCCCCGCCACACUCGGGUCAGCGCGCCCAUGGCCCCCAAGCAGCAGCUGGAGAAGGCGGCCUGGCAGUGGGCGGAGAGCAUCAGGCCGGAGGAGGUGCAGCAGGAGCACAUCGAGCUGGCGUACCGUAUUCGCCUAGGGUCCUGCCGGAGGGACGCCCGCAGACGCAACUGUAGGGGCAAUCCCAACUGUUUAGUGGGUCUUGGUGAACAUGUAUGGCUGGGGGAAAUUGAUGAAAAUAGCUUCCACAACAUUGAUGACCCCAAUUCGGAAAGGCGAUGCAAGAAUACUUUUGUAGGGCUAACUAAUCUUGGAGCUACUUGUUAUGUCAACACCCUGCUUCAGGUUUGGUUUCAUAACCUUGAAUUGCGACAAGCAUUGUAUCUCUGUCAUAGUCCUCAAAAGGAGACAGGGAUUGGAGAAGGGAUUGAGGAAGAUGCAGAGUUUGAACCACAGUCCAUCUGUGAACACCUUCAGUACUUGUUUGCUUUGCUGCAAAGCAGUAAUAGACGAUAUAUUGAUCCUUCUGGAUUUGUAAAAGCGUUGGGCCUGGAUACGGGACAGCAGCAGGAUGCCCAAGAAUUUUCCAAGCUUUUUAUGUCAUUAUUAGAAGAUACAUUAUCAAAACAGAACAAUCCAGAUGUACAGAAUAUUAUCCAGCAGCAGUUCUGUGGACAGUAUGCGUAUGUCACAGUAUGUAAUCAGUGUGGCCGUGAGUCUAAGCUGUUAUCCCGUUUUUAUGAACUGGAGUUAAAUAUCCAAGGACACAAGCAGCUGACAGAUUGCAUUGAUGAGUUUCUGAAGGAAGAAAAGUUGGAAGGGGACAAUAGGUACUUUUGUGAUGAAUGUCAAGAUAAACAGAAUGCCACCAGGAAAAUUAAACUACUCAGCCUCCCAAGAACACUCAAUUUACAGCUUUUGAGGUUUGUCUUUGACAGGCAAACUGGACAUAAGAAAAAACUAAACUCCUACAUCAGUUUUCCUGAAGUUUUGGACUUAACUCCAUAUCUUGAAAGGAAAGAUAUUGGCUGUGUUUAUGAGCUAACUGCGGUGCUGAUCCACAGAGGGGUGAGUGCAUAUUCCGGCCAUUACAUUGCACACGUACGAGAUGACAGGACCGGCGACUGGUAUAAAUUUAAUGAUGAGGAGAUUGAGAAAAUGGAAGGGAAGAAGCUGCAGUUGGGGAUAGAGGAAGACCUUGCAGAGCCUUCAAAAUCACAGGCACGAAAACCUAAAUGUAUUAAAGGUGUCCAUUGUUCAAGGAAUGCAUAUAUGCUGGUGUACAGACGAAAAGUGGAAGAGUGCAAAGAAAAAGAAAUAAGUGUUCAACUCCCAUGUGUUUUCCAUCCCUUUUUUUCAGCACACUUACAGAAAAUGGUUGAACGCGACAAUAAAAAAUUUGAAGAGUGGUGCAUGGAAAUGGCUGAGAUGAGGAGGCAGAGUGUGGACAAGGGCAAAGCCAAGCAUGAGGAGGUGCAAGAACUCUUUAACAUGUUACCAACUAAAGAAGGAGAAUGCUAUGAAUUUCUACCAGUGGACUGGCUACGAAAAUGGUUGGAUGAUUCAGCGGUAACAAAGCCAGUUGAUAAUUCUCAUCACUUGUGUGUACAUAACAGACUUAUUCCUGAUAAAAUCUGUGAUGUUAAAAGGAUUUCUCAGAAAGCAGCUGAUAUCUUCUAUGCUAGAUAUGGAGGUGGCCCCAGAUUAGAUGCUUCUGCUUUAUGUAGAGAUUGUGUCAUGGAGAAAUGUAGGAUACUUAGAUUAAAGAAUCAAUUAAAUGAAGAUUACAAGAUUAUCUCCAAUCUAACCAGAAUCACACUACAAAGCCAUGAAGGAUACUGGGUUGGUAAAGCUUCGCUUCGAAGCUGGCGUCAACUAGCACUUGAACAGCUGGAUGGAAAGGACGAUGACUCUGAUCGCACGGAUGGGAAAAGCAAUGGAGAAGGUCCAAACAAUCUGCAUGCCAAAGGAGAUGAUGAAAUGACGGGAGAGAAAGAAGAAGGUGAAGACUUGAAUUUCAAUGAAGACCUUGUUUGUCCGCAUGGUGACUUAUGUAUAUCUGAAACUGAAAGAAGACUUGUUUCCGAUGAAACAUGGGAUAGACUAAAGGCGUAUUUCCCCAAAUCACCCGCGUUCAUACAUUAUCAUUCACCAUGUGUCCAGUGUCAGGUGUUAGAAAAGGAAGGUGAGGAGAACGAGACGCUGAGCAAAAUGAUGGCAAAUGAGCAGAAAUCAGCACUUCUGUGUCUUUUUCAAGAUAAAAAUAGACCUCUCCUCAUCAAGUGGCCUGAGGAGACUGAUGUUCUUUAUGUUGUUUCCCAGUUUUUUGUUGAAGAAUGGAAGAAGUUUAUCAGGAAGCCAACGAAAUGCAGUCCUGUAUCAUCUGUGGGCAACAAUGCACUUCUCUGUCCGCAUGGAGGCCUCAUGUUUACAGCAGAAUCAAUGACCAAAGAGGAUUCGAAACAUGUAGCUCUGAUAUGGCCAAGUGAAUGGGAAAUCAUCCACAAAUUAUUUGUUGUUGAUAACACGAUUAAAGUAAUUCAAUUGAUGAAAACUGGAGAGACUGGAACAGUACUAUUAGAAUAUAAGACCAUUCCUGGCCUGUGUGGAGAAUGUAGGGAAGGAUUACUUUGCCAACAGCAGAGGGAUUUAAGAGAGUAUACUCAGGCCACGAUAUAUAUCCGUAAAGUAGUGGAGAGUGUAAAGGUGAUGAAAGAAGGUGCACCAGAGCUCAAUCUGAGCGGUUCUGAAGCUGAGGAAGAACGAGAGGAAGGCAAAGUGGAUGGAGAGAAGGAUCCUGAUUUCAACCAGAGUAAUGGCGCUAAGCGGCGGAAACUGGCACACCCUUGUAUUGGCAGUAGCAGUAGCACGUACUAUAAACAGGGGAUUCGACGUAGUACACGGCAUAGAGUUCGAGGGGAAAAGGAGCUCAUUGUGUCAGCCAAUCAAACUCUCAAAGAGUUAAAAAUACAGAUCAUGCACGCGUUUUCUGUUGCACCGUUUGACCAGAACUUGUCACUGGAUGGACGGAUGUUAACUGAUGACACAGCGACACUAGGCAACCUUGGGGUCAUCCCAGAAUCAGUGAUUCUAUUAAAGGCUGAUGAACCAAUUGCUGAUUAUACAGCAAUGGACGAUAUAAUGCAAGUGUGUAUGCCUGAAGAGGGUUUUAAAGGUACUGGUCUAUUGGGCCACUGAAGUGAUAGACCUGCUGUAGACAGCUGGGUGGACGUUGUGCAGUAGGAAGAUGCACGGGGGUAAAAUCACUCUGACAUUGCACCAGGCAUACAAGGAUGCACACUGACUUGGUUUAUACUUUUAAAAAGAAAUGACCAGUCUAAGUUUGCUUGCAACUCUUGCAAAGAGCAGUGUCUAAUAUGUGGCUCAAGAACAAUGGAGGAAAAAUAUCCCCUUUCCAUGCUGCCUUGGCAUAUGAUGGUGACCAGAUAAUUGACUUAUAUUAGGGGGAAAAUAUUCUCCUCAAUUCACUGUCUAAAAAUGUGUUUGAAGCAAAAGUGGUUUCAUGAUGGCUAAUCUAUCCAAGCAGCUUGAAGUAAAGUUCCCUCCAUGGGCACUCGUAACUGUUGGUAAAUUGUUAUUGGCCACUAGACAGGUAAUAAGUUUUCUGUGUGAUCCCACCACACAGUUGAUUUCUGCUUAGAACGACACACCAAAUUGACCUUAAAAUUGUGUAAUAUUGAGUUAAUUUGUUUAAUAAAGAUUAACACAUCAGAGCUGCAUUUCAGAAUGUGUAAUAUGCAAGAACAAAAUGAAUAGAUUUAAUAUUCUACAAGUAUGAAAGAGUUCCCCAAGUUGGGUUGUUCUUUGCAACUUAAGCUGCAUACACAGUGAAAUAGUUGCCUGAAUUAUUACAUAAGUAAUGUCUCCUAACGUGUUCAAAUAAUAUUGUACUAGGACCACUGAAGUGCUGUAAAUAAAUGCAAAGCUUCCUGAUUUAAUACAUUUUACUGUUUUGUUUUCUUUUGAUACAACCUUUUGCUUGAAAAGGAAUUGAAAGUGUGCUACAAUAGUUUUUUCCAAAUCCUGUUAAAAGGGUUGUGCAAAUUGCGUUUGUUGUAGAAAUGCUGUGGUAAGAAUGACAAAUCCACUAGAAUUGUUAUAUUGCUUUACUGUACUAAAUAAAUGAACAGAUGGUUACAGAAAAUGUGAUUUAGUUUUU